AGCUCCACAGCUAUUGUAGUGGGGAAAGGGGGAGUUCGGAUUGGUGGACGUCACAACUCAGCCUUUAUCUCCCCUAGCUGCAGCGACUCCAGCAGCCCCUGGGCUACUUAACAACGAGACUUUCCAGAGCUGCAGCAGUUGCUGGGGAGCAUGGCCUAGGGACCUGCACAGGUUGUGCCACCUUCGUGAGGCUGAGUUUCCCAAGAGACCCUGGGGCACAAACAGCCCCCAAUUGCAGGGAAAGAUGAUUCCUGCUCAACUUGUGAGGGUGCUGCUUGUACUCGUCCUCACCUUGCCAGGGACUUUUUGCACAGAAGGGAUGCCUGACGGGCUGUCUACAGCCCGAUGCAGCCUCUUUGGAGAUGACUUCAUCAACACCUUUGAUGAGAGCAUGUACAGCUUUGCGGGACACUGCAGUUACCUUCUGGCUGGGGACUGCCAGAAACACUCCUUCUCGCUUCUAGGGAACUUCCAAAAUGGCAAGAGAGUGAGCCUCUCUGUGUAUCUUGGGGAAUUUUUUGACAUUCAUGUGUUCAUCAAUGGUUCUGUGAUGCAGGGGGACCAAAGUGUCUUCAUGCCCUAUGCCUCCAAUGGGCUGUAUCUGGAAAUGGAGGCUGGGUACUACAAGCUGUCCAGUGAGGCCUAUGGCUUUGUGGCCAGGAUCGAUGGCAGUGGCAACUUCCAAGUCCUGCUGUCAGACAGAUACUUCACCAAGACUUGUGGGCUGUGUGGCAACUUCAAUAGGUUUGCUGAAGAUGACUUUGUGACCCAGGAAGGGACUUUGACCUCAGACCCCUAUGACUUUGCCAACUCCUGGGCCUUGAGUAGUGGAGAACAACGGUGCAAGCGGGCAUCCCCUCCUAGCAGCCCCUGCAAUGUCUCCUCUGAGGAAAUGCAGAAGGUCCUGUGGGAGAAAUGCCAGCUACUGAAGAAUGCCUCCGUGUUCGCCCGCUGCCACACCUUGGUGGAUCCCGAACCUUUUGUGGCUCUGUGUGAGAAGACUCUGUGCACGUGCACACAAGGCCCAGAAUGCCCUUGCUCUGUGCUCCUGGAGUAUGCCCGUGCCUGUGCGCAGCAGGGUGUUAGGCUGUAUGGCUGGAGUGAUCACAGCACCUGCCGACUGGCAUGCCCGGCUGGCAUGGAGUAUAAGGAGUGUGUGUCCCCCUGCACCAGAACCUGCCAGAGCCUACACAUCAAUGAAGUGUGUGAGGAGCCAUGUGUGGAUGGCUGCAGCUGCCCCGAGGGGCAGCUACUUGAUGAAGGCCGCUGUGUGGAGCGCACAGAGUGUUCCUGUGUACAUUCUGGGAAGCGGUACCCUCCAGGCUCCUCCCUUUCACAAGACUGCAACACCUGCAUUUGCCGAAAUAGUCUGUGGAUCUGCAGCAAUGAAGAAUGCCCAGGUGAAUGUCUGGUCACAGGACAAUCCCACUUCAAGAGCUUUGACAACAGGUACUUCACCUUUAGUGGGAUCUGCCAGUACCUGUUGGCUCGGGACUGCCAGGACAACUCCUUCUCCAUUGUCAUAGAUACUGUCCAGUGUGCUGAUGACCCUGAUGCCGUCUGCACCCGCUCGGUCACCAUCCGGCUGCCCCUCCUACACAACAGCCUUGUGAAGCUGAAGCAUGGAGGAGGUGUUGCCAUGGAUGGCCAGGACGUCCAGCUUCCCUUCCUGCAAGGUGACCUCCGCAUUCAGUCCACCGUGAUGGCUUCUGUGCGCCUCACCUAUCAGGAGGACCUAGAGAUGGAGUGGGAUGGCCGUGGGAGGCUACUGGUGAAGCUGUCCUCUGUCUAUGCUGGGAAGACCUGCGGCCUGUGUGGGAAUUACAAUGGCAACAAGGGUGAUGACUUCCUCACUCCGGCUGGCCUGGUGGAAUCCCUGGUGGAGGACUUCGGAAACUCCUGGAAGCUGCAUGGGGACUGCCAGGACCUGCAAAAGCAUGACAGUGACCCCUGUAGCCUCAACCCCCGCCUAACCAGGUUUGCAGAAGAGGCAUGCGCUGUCCUGACGUCCUCCAAGUUCGAGGCCUGCCACCACGCUGUCAGCCCCCAGCCCUACCUGCAAAACUGCCACUAUGACGUCUGCUCCUGCUCAGAUGGCAGAGACUGCCUGUGCAAUGCUGUGGGAAGCUACGCCUCGGCCUGUGCCCGGAAAGGCGUGAGCAUCGCAUGGCGGGAGCCUAGCUUCUGUGCACUGAGCUGCCCCCAGGGCCAGGUGUACCUGCAGUGUGGGACCCCCUGCAACCUGACCUGUCGCUCCCUCUCUUACCCGGAUGAAGAAUGCAACGAGCUCUGCCUUGAGGGCUGCUUCUGCCCUCCAGGUCUCUACCUGGAUGAGAGUGGGGACUGUGUGCCAAAGGCCCAGUGCCCCUGUUACUAUGAUGGCGAGAUCUUCCAGCCUGAGGAUGUCUUCUCAGACCAUCACACCAUGUGCUAUUGUGAGGAUGGCUUCAUGCACUGUACCAUGAGUGGACUCCCGGGAAAUCUGUUGCCAGACAUCCUCAGCAGUCCCCUGUCUCACCGCAGCAAAAGGAGCCUAUCCUGCCGGCCUCCCAUGGUCAAGUUGUUGUGUCCCGCUGACAACCCACGGGCUGAAGGACUUGAGUGUGCCAAAACCUGCCAGAACUACGACCUGGAGUGCAUGAGUACAGGCUGCGUUUCUGGCUGCCUCUGCCCCCCAGGCAUGGUCCGACAUGAAAACAGAUGCGUGGCCCUGGAAAGGUGUCCCUGCUUCCACCAGGGUAAAGCGUACGCUCCAGGAGAUACGGUGUCGAUUGACUGCAACACUUGUGUAUGUCGGGACCGGAAGUGGAACUGCACGGACAAUGUGUGUGAUGCCAUGUGCUCUGUGAUAGGCAUGGCCCACUAUUUCACCUUUGACGGGCUGAAGUACACGUUCCCUGGGGAGUGUCAAUACAUCCUACUGCAGGAUUACUGUGGUGGCAACACUGGAACCUUUCGCAUCUUGGUGGGGAAUGAGGGGUGUGGCUACCCCUCAGUGAAAUGCAAAAAGCGGGUCACCAUCCUGGUUGAAGGAGGAGAGAUUGAACUGUUUGAUGGAGAGAUAAAUGUGAAGAGGCCCAUGAAGGAUGAGACUCACUUUGAGAUGAUGGAGUCUGGCCGGUAUGUCAUUCUGCUGCUGGGCAAAGGGCUCUCCGUGGUCUGGGACCAUCACCUGGCCGUCUCAGUAGUCCUGAAGCAGACAUACCAGGAGCAAGUAUGUGGCCUGUGUGGGAAUUUUGAUGGCAUCCAGAACAAUGACUUCACUAGCAGCAACCUCCAAGUGGAAGAAGACCCUGUGGACUUUGGAAAUUCCUGGAAAGUGAAUCCACAGUGUGCUGACACCAGGAAAGUGCCUCUGGACUCUACUCCUGCCACUUGCCACAACAAUAUCAGAAAGCAGACGAUGGUGGAUUUGUCUUGUAAGAUCCUGACCAGUGACCUUUUCCAGGACUGCAACAAGCUGGUGGACCCUGAGCCAUACCUAGAUAUCUGCAUUUAUGAUACCUGCUCCUGUGAGUCCAUCGCGGACUGUGCCUGCUUCUGCGACAUCAUUGCUGCCUACGCCCAAGCAUGUGCCCAGCAUGGCAAGGUGGUGACCUGGAGGACGGCCACACUGUGCCCCCAAAGCUGCGAGGAGAGGAAUCUGCGGGAAAAUGGAUAUGAGUGUGAGUGGCGCUAUAACAGCUGUGCUCCCGCCUGCCCUGUCACUUGUCAGCACCCUGAGCCACUGGCAUGCCCUGUGCAGUGUGUGGAGGGCUGCCAUGCAUACUGCCCUCCAGGGAAGAUCCUGGAUGAGCUUUUGCAGACCUGCAUCGAUCCCGGAGACUGCCCUGUGUGUGAAGUGGCUGGUCGGCGCUUACCCUCGGGAAAGAAAGUCACCUUGAACCCCAGUGACCCUAAGCACUGUCAGAUCUGUCACUGUGAUGGUGUUAACCUCACCUGUGAAGCCUGCCAGGAGUCAGGAAUCCUUGUGCUGUCCCCCACGGCAGCCCCAUUCAGUGCCACCACACCAUACUUGGAAGAUAUUCCAGAGCUGCCCCUACAUGACCUCUACUGCAGCAAGCUGCUGGACUUGGCCAUCCUGCUGGAUGGCUCCUCCAAGCUGUCAGAGGCUGAAUUCGAAGUGCUCAAAGUCUUCGUGGUGGGCAUGAUGGAACGGCUGCACAUCUCCCAGAAGCGGAUCCGUGUGGCUGUCGUGGAAUACCAUGAUGGCUCACACUCCUACAUUGAUCUCAAGGAUCGGAAGCGGCCCUCGGAGCUGCGGCGCAUUGCUGGCGAGGUGAAGUAUGCGGGCAGCCAGGUGGCAUCCACCAGUGAGGUCUUAAAGUACACCCUUUUCCAAAUCUUUGGCAAGGCUGAACGCCCUGAAGCCUCUCGCAUCGCUCUGCUCCUGACAGCCAGUGAAGAACCCCCACGGAUGGCCCGCAACUUGGUCCGCUAUGUGCAGGGCCUGAAGAAGAGGAAGGCCAUUGUGAUCCCCGUGGGCAUUGGGCCCCAUGCCAGCCUCAAGCAGAUCCGCCUCAUUGAGAAGCAAGCCCCUGAGAACAAGGCCUUUGUGUUUAGCAGUGUGGAUGAAUUGGAACAGAGAACAGAUGAGAUUAUCAACUAUCUCUGUGACCUGGCCCCUGAAGCGCCAGCCCCAACUCAGUUCCCCCCCAUGGCACAAGUCACUGUGAGUCCUGGUCCCUUGGGGCUUUCACCUCUGGGACCCACAAGGAGCUCCAUGGUUCUGGAUGUGGUGUUUGUCUUAGAAGGGUCAGACAAGGUUGGUGAAGCCAACUUCAACCGAAGCAGGGAGUUCAUGGAGGAGGUGAUCCAGCGGAUGGAUGUGGGCCAGAAUGGCAUCCACAUCACUGUUCUGCAGUACUCGUACAUGGUCACAGUGGAGUACAUGUUCAGGGAAGCACAGUCCAAGGGGGACAUCCUGCAGCACAUACACAAGAUCCACUACCAGGGUGGCAACAGGACCAACACUGGGCUGGCCCUACAGUAUGUCUCUGAGCACAGCUUCUCUACCAGCCAGGGGGACCGUGAGGAGGCACCUAACCUGGUCUACAUGGUGACAGGAAACCCUGCCUCUGAUGAGAUCAGGCGGCUGCCUGGAGAUAUCCAGGUGGUGCCCAUUGGAGUGGGCCCUCAUGCCAACAUGCAGGAGCUGGAGAAGAUUGGCUGGCCCAAUGCCCCUAUUCUCAUUCAGGACUUUGAAACUCUCCCCCGAGAGGCUCCAGACCUGGUACUGCAGAGGUGCUGUUCUGGAGACGGGCUGAGGAUCCCCACCCUCUCCCCAACCCCAGACUGCAGUCAGCCCCUAGAUGUGGUUCUUCUCCUGGAUGGCUCCUCCAAUGUUCCAGCUUCUUACUUUGAGGAAAUGAAGAACUUUGCCAAGGCUUUUAUCUCCAGAGCCAAUAUAGGGCCCCAUCACACUCAGGUGUCAGUGCUCCAGUACGGGAGCAUCACCACCAUUGAUGUUCCAUGGAAUGUGGCCCAGGAGCAUGCUCACUUGCUGAGCCUCGUGGACCUCAUGCGGCAGGAGAGUGGUCCCAGCCAAAUGGGGGAUGCACUGGGCUUUGCUGUGCGAUACAUAACUUCGGAAGUCCAUGGUGCGAGGCCUGGAGCCUCCAAGGCAGUGGUCAUCCUAGCGAUGGGUAUCUCCAUGGAUUCAGUGAAUCCAGCAGCUGAAGCUGCCAGGUCUAACAGAGUGACAGUGUUCCCUAUUGGAAUUGGGGAUCGGUAUGAUCUGUCCCAGCUGAGGAUGAUGGCUGGCCCACAGGCCAGCUCCAAUGUGAUGAAGCUACAGCGGAUUGAAGACCUCCCUACCAUGGUCACCCUGGACAAUUCCUUCCUGCACAAGCUGUGCUCUGGGUUUGUUACAGUUUGCAUGGAUGAGGAUGGGAACGAGAAGAGGCCUGGGGAUGUCUGGACCUUGCCAGAUCAGUGCCACACAGUGACCUGCCUGCCAGAUGGCCAGACCUUGCUGAAGAGUCACCGGGUCAACUGUGACCGGGGACCAAAGCCUUCAUGCCCUAACAGCCAGUCCCCUAUUAGGGUGGAAGAGACCUGUGGUUGCCGCUGGACCUGCCCUUGUGUGUGCAUGGGAAGCUCUACCCGGCACAUCGUGACCUUUGAUGGACAGAAUUUCAAGCUGACUGGCAGCUGUUCCUAUGUCCUAUUUCAAAACCAGGAGCAGGACCUAGAGGUGAUUCUCCAUAAUGGCGCCUGCAUCUCUGGACUGCGACAGACAUGCAUGAAAUCCAUUGAGGUGAAGCAUGAUGGCCUCUCAGUUGAGCUCCACAAUGACAUGGAGGUGACUGUUAAUGCCCGACUGGUCUCAGUCCCUUACAUAGGUGGGGACAUGGAAGUCAAUGUUUAUGGUGGCAUCAUGCAUGAGAUCAGAUUCAAUCAUCUUGGCCACAUCUUCACAUUCACUCCACAAAACAAUGAGUUCCAGUUGCAGCUCAGCCCCAAGACUUUAGCUUCAAAAAUGUAUGGUCUCUGUGGAAUCUGUGAUGAGAAUGGGGCCAAUGACUUCAUGCUGAAGGAUGGCACGGUCACCACAGACCAGAGGACAUUUAUCCAGGAGUGGACUAUGCAGCAGCCAGGGCAGAAAUGCCAGCCCAUUCCUGAGGAGGAGUGUCCUGUCUCCAGCAGCUCCCAUUGCCAGGUCCUCCUCUCACCUUUGUUUGCUGAGUGCCACAAAGUCCUUGCUCCAGCCACAUUUUAUGCCAUCUGCCAGCAGGAUAGUUGCCACCAGGAACAAGUGUGUGAGGUGAUUGCCUCUUAUGCCCACUUUUGUCGGACCAAAGGGGUCUGUGUUGACUGGAGAACAACUGAUUUCUGUGCUAUGCCUUGUCCACCCUCCCUUGUGUACAACCAUUGUGAAAGUCACUGCUCCCAGCACUGUGAGGGCAAUACAAGCUCCUGUGGGGACCAUCCUUCAGAAGGCUGCUUCUGCCCCCCACACCAAGUCCUGUUGGAAGGCAGCUGUGUCCCGGAGGAGGCCUGCACCCAGUGCAUCAGUGAGGAUGGAAUCCGGCACCAGUUUCUGGAAACCUGGGUCCCAGACCACCAACCCUGUCAGAUCUGCACAUGCCUCAGUGAGAGGAAGGUCAACUGCACAUCACAGCCCUGCCUCACAGCCAGAGCUCCCACAUGUGGCCUGUGUGAAGUGGCCCGCCUCCACCAGAAUCCAAACCAGUGUUGCCCAGAGUAUGAGUGUGUGUGUGACCUAGUGAGCUGUGACUUGCCCCCCGUGCCUCACUGUGAAGAUGGCCUCCAGGCGACACUGACCAAUCCUGGCGAGUGCAGACCCAACUUCACUUGCGCCUGCAGAAAGGAGGAGUGCAGAAGAGAGUCCCCGCCCCCCUGCCCUCCACACCGGACACCGACCCUUCGGAAGACCCAAUGCUGUGAUGAGUAUGAGUGUGCAUGCAACUGUGUCAACUCUACAGUGAGCUGCCCACUGGGCUUCCUGGCCUCAGUGGUCACCAAUGACUGUGACUGUACCACAAUCACCUGCCUCCCUGACAAGGUGUGUGUCCAUCGAGGUACCAUCUACCCUGUGGGCCAGUUCUGGGAGGAAGGCUGUGACGUGUGCACCUGCACCGACAUGGAGGAUGCUGUGAUGGGCCUACAUGUGGCCCAGUGCUCCCAGAAGCCCUGUGAUGAUGGCUGCAGGUCGGGUUUCACUUACAUCCUCCAUGAAGGCGAGUGCUGUGGAAGGUGCCUGCCAUCUGCCUGUGAGGUGGUGACCGGCUCACGGCGGGGAGACUCCCUGUCUUACUGGAAGAGUGUUGGCUCUCAAUGGACCUCUCCGGAGAAGCCCUGUCUCCUCAAUGAGUGUGUGCGAGUGAACGAGGAGGUCUUUGUGCAACAGAGGAAUGUCUCCUGCCCCCAGCUGGAUAUCCCCACUUGCCCCGUGGGCUUCCAGCUGAGCUGCAAGAUCUCGGAGUGUUGCCCCACCUGUCACUGCGAGCCCGUGGAGGCCUGUGUGCUCAAUGGCACCAUCAUUGAGCCUGGGAACAGUCUGAUGAUCGAUGUGUGUACAACUUGCCACUGCACCAUCCAGGUGGGGGUCAUUUCAGGGUUCAAGCUGGAGUGCAGGAAGACUACCUGUAAAGCCUGCUCACUGGGUUACAAGGAAGAGAAGACUGAAGGAGAAUGUUGUGGGAGAUGUCUGCCUAUGGCUUGUACCAUUCAGCUAAGAGGAGGACAAGUCAUGACUCUGCAGCGUGAUGAGACACUCCAGGAUGGCUGUGAUAGUCACUUCUGCAAAGUCAAUGAGAGAGGAGAGUAUAUCUGGGAGAAAAGGAUCACUGGUUGCCCGCCCUUUGAUGGACACAAAUGUCUGGCCGAGGGAGGGAAAAUCAUGAAAAUUCCAGGUACCUGCUGUGACACAUGUGAGGAACGCGAAUGUAAAGAUAUCAUUGCCACGCUGCAGUAUGUCAAAGUGGGAAAUUGUACAUCCAAAGAGGAAGUGGACAUUCACUACUGCCAGGGUAAAUGCAGCAGCAAAGCCGUGUACUCCAUUGACACCGAGGAUGUACAGGACCAGUGUUCCUGCUGCUCACCGGCACAGACUGAGCCCGUACAGGUGCCCCUGCACUGCCCCAAUGGCUCCGUCGUGUACCAUGAUGUCAUCAAUGCCAUGCAGUGCAAGUGUUCCCCCAGGAAGUGCAGCAAGUGAGGCCAGGCAGCUGGUGCCACCUUGGCUGGACCAGCUAGUGGCCACCAUCCUGUUCAGUCCUCUGUAUGUGUUGCUCUUGUGCCCUGCUGAGCCCACAAUAAAGGCCACUCUCUCAUCUCACAAAAG